UCUAUCAACACAACACUUCCAACCAAACCAACUAAAAUGAAGUUCUUCAUUGCAAUCAUGGCUGUGGCGUUCGUGGCUGCCUCGGAGGCGUCCUACCUGCCAUACGAUGAUGUCCUGUCCUACCAGCACGGCUACGGCUAUGGACUUCCGGUGUCGAACGUGGUCUAUGGCUCGUCGUACGGUCUCCCAGCAGCGGUGGACAAGUACUCCUACCCAUCAUCGUUGUACGGUUCCUAUCCGGCCGUGAAGAAAGUGGUCGAAUACCCGUCGGUUGCUCCAGUGCUGGCCACCAAGGUCGUUGAUAACAGCUACGAUCUGGGAUACAACAAGCUGGUCGCUCCAGUGCUGAGCAGCGGAUACGGUCUGGGAUACAACAAGCUGGUCGCUCCCGUCGUCGCCACCAAAGUCGUCGAUAAUGGACUGUGGAACUAUGGAGGAUACGGUCUGGGAUACAACAAGUAUCUGCCGUCUGCCAAGUAUGUUCUCUAAGCUUUCCGACACCGA